CUCCGCUGACACCUGUUCCCACGCAAACUGGAUCGAGGGCGGAUAGACAGAGCGAUGAGACAUUAUAUGGAGGUGUGGCAACCACAGCCAAUGACGGCGAUGGCAUCUAGAUGACUCACUUGGCGAACGCCGUUUGGCAAGCACCUAACAUGGGUUCACCUCAGGUUGCCAAGCGAGUCUGUCGUACCUCCUCAACCGAGUGGGCGUCUUCACUGUGCAUGCACGCUGCGGGGGGACUUGCCGCCAUCGCUUCGCUUGUAGUACCAUCCUCUCUGCAUCCAGCAGGCCGAAGCCGUACAGGUUGGCUCGCAUGUGUGUCUCCAAGAGGUAACCAGACUGGACUGGUCCUUCAGGAGGACGAAGCAGGUGUCAGAUGGCUGGUUCAACAUGGACGACAGAAAACCAUCAACGUUGCAUCGAGCCACUGAUCAAAUCCCCGGAGGAUUGGAGGUCAUUGAAAUGGAAGAUGAAGAACAAAACUCUCAACGACAACAACGAGGAGGAGAAAGAGGACGAGGCAUAUGAAACGGAACGGCCUCAACAUGAAUAAAUAAUCCCUUGAGGAUCCAUCAUCCAGUCAUCUAAGGCGCGAAGCUGCCGCGGGGGAAUCAGUCGUUCCUCAGCAUCUCUCGUAGCCCUCAUCCAGGAAGCCCCCCCGCGUCCCAGCGAAAGACAAGCAUGUCCGGCCAGCAAACACCAGAGGACGGCCUCUACGGCUCCUGGGUGGAACUGGAGGAGUUGAUUGCCACCGUAAGGGAGAGUCCGACGGAGGACAAUAUCUCGUCUGCCCUGCAAGGGGAGCUGGAGAGGAUCCUGCUGGAGGCGCAGCUGGAAUGCGAGAGGAAUCGAGACAGUCCCCUGCAGAUUGGGACCCCGCAUUCGACCGACUCCCCCAGACCCCCAAGUGAUCCCGACAGUGACUGCAUCACCAUACAGGAAGAGAAUGACAGGAGAGUGGACACUGAUUGGGUGUGGGACUGGUCCAGCAGGCCUGAGAACAUGCCACCCAAAGAUUUCGUCUUUCAGCACCCAAAGCAGCACUCGCUCAGCGCUCACAAGACAGAGGUGAUGAAGAAGAGAGGCAUCUUCUCAUCCGACGUGCUCUUCGUUCUCAUCCCCUCGCUGCUGGCCUCGCAUCUUCUCACACUGGGCAUCGGAAUCUAUAUCGGAAAACGUUUGGCCACUUCCACAACUAGCACGCUGUGACAUUAGCUUCAUGCUAACCUAGCCCCUUCCCCCAGUAAGGUCGCAACCAUAGUACCUCGCCUGUUUGCGUUUGUCUUGAUUAAUGUGUGUGUGUGUGUGUGUGUACGUGUGUGCAUGUGUGUAGCCAUGUUGUUAAGGCCCUUAAGGGUGGGUUGGUGUUGGGAUGGGGGGAGAGGGGAGGUGGGGGGGCCUGGCAAUGAGUCACGCUGAGGUCACUCUAGUCUCUAAAGACUAAUCAGAGAGAAGACCAGAUGAUACAAGGGGAAAAAAGAACACACACAAAAAAGAGGACACCAUGUGUGUGUAUAAUAUAUGCUAGCCCUUCGGACAACCUUGAAGGUAAAAACGAAAAUCUGUCAUUUGUCACGAGUAAUGACAGCUAAAAUCUAUUUUUUUCCUUGUUCUGUAUUUAAAGCAGACAUGUAGUUUUCAGGAGUCAAUGUAGGGAGCGCGUGUCCUUUUUUUUUUUUUUCUGUCCCUUAAUCCAAUUAAAUGUUUAACCUCCCCCAAAGACAAUCACGAUCCCAUUAAACGUCACUCCUACACACCCUCAGAGUGCGUGUUGGCUCUUUUGUUCAGCCUGGUAGUCUACUAGUUGCCACAUUCGAGUUGGGAAAUUCUUUGGAUUUUCAAGAGUGGAAA